AUGGCGGCUGCAAGUGACAAGGCUCGCUUCUAUCUGGAGCAGCUGGUCCCCGAACUGCGCGAGUAUGAGAAGAAGAAAAUAUUCUCCAAGAGCGAGAUAAGCUCUAUAACGAAGAAGCGAUCCGACUUUGAGCAUAGGAUAAAUUCACGCGGGCCGUCGCCGUCAGACUAUGCCCGGUAUGCCGAGUACGAAAUGAACCUGGAUACGCUGCGCAAGAAGAGGAUCAAGAGACUCGGUAUCAAAGCACCUAUGCACGCUGGCCAACGGCGAGUAUUCUUCAUCCUCGACCGUGCUACGAGGAAGUUUCAUGGAGAUGUCAGUCUAUGGCAGCAAUACAUCGAAUACGCACGCAAGCAAAAGGCCCACAAGAAGCUGGCUCAAAUUUUUACAAACGCCCUGCGCCUACACCCGAGAGAGGUCGAUUUGUGGAUAUACGCUGCUCAGCAUGUUCUACAGGAUCAUGGAGAUAUAACGCAGGCCCGAGGCUAUAUGCAGCGCGGCUUACGGUUCUGCAAGAAUUCGCAGGCAUUGUGGCUUCAAUAUGCAAAGUUGGAAAUGAUAUAUAUAGCGCGGAUAUCUGCACGACAACGGAUUCUUGGAUUGGACAAGGCAGAAGAGCAGCAGCAGCAACAGCCGGCUAUCGACGAGAGCAAGGAUGAGCCCGACGCAGAUGUGAUGAUGCUGCCGCGGUUGACGGAAGAGGAUAUAAAUCCGACACUUGAUGGCGAUGCGCCGGAUAAAGCAUCGUUGGAAACGCUCAAUGCGACGCCCGCGUUGUCCGGUGCUAUCCCCAUUGCCGUCUAUGACGCGGCGAUGAACCAGUUCGAAAACGACCCGAGUCUCGCCUACGACUUCUAUCAUAUGCUCGUCGAGUUUGAAGGGUGCCCGUGUCUGCAGCGUGUGCUGAGCCAUGUCGUCGAUUCUCUAAUCACAAAUCACCCGGCAGACGCCAAAGCACAGGAGUGUUAUAUCAAAUACCCGGUUGCGGACUUGAGUCCCUCCUCGCCGGAGUUCCCUCGGGCGUUCUAUACAUCUCUUAGUCGAGUGAAGGAGUACGUGACUGAGGAGAACCCCGUUCUAGUACAACUCGCACCACGGGUUAUCGGUUGGCUGCAGGGUCUGAUGGAGACUGAGAACCUCGAUCCAGCGCUGCAAAAGGUGAUACAGGCGACGUUGAAAAGUGCGAAUCGGCGGGUGGAGGGUUGCAGGACGUAA